AUGAGUCACGUUGCUAAGGGAAAAGAUGAAUAUAUUGAAGAAGCACCAAAAGUUCAUCGUAUCCGAAUUACUUUAACUUCUCGAAAUGUUAAAGCAUUAGAAAAAGUCUGUUCGGAUUUAAUUGGUCGAGCUAAAGAAAAACAAUUAAGAGUUAAAGGACCGGUACGAUUACCCACCAAAGUACUUAGAAUUACCACCCGUAAAACUCCUUGUGGUGAAGGUAGUAAAACUUGGGAUAGAUAUGAAAUGAGAAUUCAUAAAAGAUUAAUUGAUUUACAUUCUCCUAGUGAAAUUGUUAAACAAAUUACUUCCAUUUCUAUUGAACCUGGUGUUGAAGUUGAAGUCACAAUUGCUUCUUGA